ACAGCUGCGAAGACCUGUCUGCCAGGUGAAUGAGUCAGGCCACAGAGAGGGCACAAGGAAGAAUGAUUCAUUGCUCGGCAAAAGGGAAAGUUGUGUCAAGGGGCGGUCCUGCCAAGUAUAUAAACUGGAGACCUGAGCGAUGGAGAUCAAAAUCGAAACGCAAACAGAGAUCAAAAGACGCAAUCGCAUCUAAAGCUUACUGAUAUAUACGAAAAGUUGAUAGCUUUUAGGUAUACCUGAACUGUGUCUACGCGAUAUGCUGUUCAAUAACAAUUCAGAGAUGUCUCUCGCUACAGCUAACUACGACGAUUUCGGUAUCAACCGCGACUUUCAGCCGCAACAACAGCAGGGCGACUGCUGUUUGGUUCGAUCUUUCUCUAUAUCCCGUAAAGGCCUUCUCAGCCGGGGCGAUUCCGUCAAGAGACGCUCUGUGAUCAGCACUGGCUCCAGUGACAGCGGCGUCUGCAGCGAGCCCGAUUUGACGGAUUGCAAAGAUUUCAGCGGCAGACAUCACGUCGUUGUGUAUGGCUCAGGGGGUGUGGGAAGAAGCGCUCUGAUUUCACAACUCACCAAAUCCGAUAGCAGCGAUACUGACUCUUGCGAUGAAUCAACUCAAUUGACUAACAUGGUGGUCGUAGAACUGGAUGACGAAGAAGCCGAACUGUGCUUUGUGGAAAGCCAGGAAACAAAGGAAAUUCCGUACGCGGAUGCGUAUAUCAUAACGUACAGCAUUGACCACCGUAAUUCAUUCCGCUUUGCCCGCAACGUACUGCUCAGCCUCCGCCAAAGUGUUGGAGAGUCAAAACCCGUGCUGCUUGUAGGAUGUAAGAGUGACUUAGAGAGAACACGAGAAGUACCGGUGGAAGAUGCCAGAACACUUGCCUUUGACAACCAAGCGAAGUUUAUCGAAGUUUCCGUACUUUUGAACUUCCACGUUGACGAACUACUGGUAGGCACGCUGACCCAGAUUCGGUUAAGAGAGAAGUGGGACAUGGAAGACGUAAAACUAUCGCCAAAAAGCAGACAAUCGUCUUCCAAAGGAGCGAAAGGACUGGUGAAACGUUUCCUUAAAAGAAACUCAUCGAAAUCCAAGUCGUGUGAGGAUCUGUACGUGCAUUAGAGAAAUGGUGGACAAAACAUGAAUUUUAAUUAUA